CGUUUCUUGAUAAGUAAGAUGAAGGUGUUAAAUCAACCAGAUCCCACCCAUAUCUUGUCUUCUUGCAACUUGCUAUCUUACACUUUACAUAAUUACCCUUUUGCUCCUAGCGUUGCAUUGCGAUUUGGAACCACUUGCGUGUCUGAACUGUUUUGGGUCUUAAAUCUUGUCUUUCAAUAGGUCUCGUUGAUAAUCCAUAGCAAAGUAUGGGAAUACGACCCCAACCAGCUCAUCACCGUCCAUCUCCAUGCUGACUUCGUUCAUGGAUGCCACGGAAUAUUCUCCUGAUAAGGUGGACAGGUGCUUGUUUGAUGCUUGUUUGGGGGAGGGAUUUAUUCUCUUAGAACAUUGUUUGGCUACACAUCUACGUGCAGUGUGUAGUCGUCUCCUUGUCUUCUACUUGGCGCCAAACCAGACUCAACCAACCAUGUCAUCACCAAACUUCCAAACCUUUCUUCUCCAUUUCCCUUCUUCCAUUUCCCAAAGCUUCCCAGCCCUUCUCUCCGCGCUUCUGCUUCUCUCCAUUUUUGCCUUCUUCCUUCACCCCGGCGGCCUCGCUUGGGCCCUUUCCAAGUCCAAAACCGCCGCCUCUGCCGCCAUCCCGGGGCCCUCCGGCUUCCCAUUCAUCGGUCUCCUCCAUGUCUUCACUCUCUCAAAAACCCCUCACAAAGCCCUCUCUGCACUUUCCAAUAAAUUCAAAGCACACCCUUUAAUGGCCUUCUCUGUUGGCCUAACCAAAUUCGUAAUUUCAAGCCACCCGGAUUUUGCCAAGGAAAUUCUCAAUAGCGCUUCCUUUGCUGAUAGGCCUGUGAAGGAAUCCGCUUAUGAACUUCUUUUCCACAGAGCAAUGGGGUUUGCUCCUUAUGGUGAGUAUUGGAGGAAUUUGAGAAGGAUUUCAGCUACUUAUAUGUUUAGUCCUAAGAGAAUAGGUGCAUUUGAAGGGUUUAGAAGGGAAGUUGGAGGGAAAAUGAUAAGGGAAGUUGAGAAUUCCAUGGCUUUGAAUGGGGAAGUUAGAGUUAAGGAGAUUCUUCAUUUUGGGUCUUUGAAUAAUGUUAUGAUGACUGUUUUUGGUAAGUGUUAUGAGUUUAGUGGAUUGGGGAAGGAUGGGGUUGAGCUUGAGGAACUGGUGAGUGAAGGGUAUGAAUUGCUUGGGAUUUUCAAUUGGAGUGAUCAUUUUCCCUUUCUGGGUUGGCUGGAUUUACAAGGUGUGAGGAAAAGAUGUAGGUGUUUGGCUUCUAAAGUGAAUGUUUUUGUGGGAAAAAUCAUUGACGAACAUAGAAUGAGGAGGAAAGUUAAGCCACACCACGAACACGAAGAACACGAACAAGAACAAGAACAUAAUCGAGACUUUGUUGAUGUCCUACUUGAUAUGGAGAAAGAUGACAAGCUCUCAGAUUCCGACAUGAUUGCUGUUCUUUGGGAAAUGAUUUUUCGAGGAACAGACACAGUCGCAAUACUGUUGGAAUGGAUCAUAGCUCGAAUGGUUCUACACCCAGAAAUCCAAACCAAAGCUCAAAACGAAAUCGAUUCAGUAAUCGGCAAAAGAUCCAAACCCAUUUCAGAUUCUGAUAUCCCAAAUCUUCCAUUUCUUCAAUCCAUUGUCAAAGAGUGUUUAAGACUGCACCCACCAGGUCCACUUCUAUCAUGGGCCAGGCUCGCAGUCAACGACGUGGACGUCGGCGGGAGGCUGAUUCCUGCCGGGGCGACGGCGAUGGUGAACAUGUGGGCAAUAACACACAACGAAAAGGUUUGGUCAGAGGCUGAGAAGUUCAAGCCAAAUAGGUUCAUGGAAGAGGAAGUGAGUGUUAUGGGAAGUGAUUUGAGAUUGGCUCCAUUUGGGGCAGGGAGAAGAGUGUGCCCUGGAAAAGCCAUGGGAUUGGCCACUGUUCAUCUCUGGUUGGCUCAGUUUCUUCAAGCUUUCAAGUGGGUUCCCUCUGAAAAGGGCAUUAAUGGCGUUGACUUGUCAGAAUGUCUCAAACUCUCUUUGGAAAUGCAAACUCCAUUGAUUUGCAGAGCUAUCCCUAGGGUUCGCUAACAUCAAAUGAGUUCCAUUUUUAGUAAUGGCGUUGUUUUUGCUGUUCUUGU